UGCGUCUCGGUUGACGGUGUGAGGAGCCAGAGAGGGAGGCAGAGGCGAACAACGGCGAGGAAAGGGGAAGACGGCCGGCGGCACCGAGGGUCACAGGGAUGUACAGUAAACACAGGCAGAAAAAUGCCCAAAUAUCAACGGCAAGAUGUGGACACUGGCUCGUUUUCCUCGCUCUUCUGUUGCUGAACGGCACCCUGGAAAGAGCCCUCGGAGACACCGGGCAACAAGGGCAUCGCAGGGGAAGGACAGUGACGGCGCAGUGGCUUUCUCAAGGCCGGAUCAAGAGGGACGCUGAGACCACCGCACAGGAAGAGCACCCAACCGAAGGGGAGAUAGUGCUCUCGUCCAAUGACCUCCAACUGGUGCUACAAGUGGAACGUAAUAACGAGCUUUUGAGUCCAGACUUUACAGAGACCUACUACACAGAAGACGGCCAACCGGUGACUGUGGCCAAUCGCAGUUACACUGAUCACUGCUUCUACCACGGCCAUGUCAGAGGACAUCCAGAUUCCUGGGUGGCUCUCAGCACAUGCUCAGGAGUCAGGGGUCUGAUAUCCUUGAAUUCUAGUGACACCUUCUACCUGGAACCAAUAAGCAAUGUGAAUCCCGUCCUCCACUCUCUGUUGAGUGCCGAGGAGCUGCCAAUUAAAGGUGGAGACUGUGGCCACGGCCAUCACACCACACGCUCAGACCACAUCAUCUCCAACCUGCUCAGACCGUUUCAUUCCAGGGUGAAAAGGAAUGCCUGGGGUACAACUAAGUACAUGGAGCUGUACAUUGUGGCCGACAGCACCUUGUUUAAACGGCAGAAUAAGGACUACGAAAAGACCAAGGCGAGGAUAAUGGAAAUUGCCAAUUAUGUGGAUAAGUUCUACAGGGCUCUGAACAUCCGUGUGCCUCUGAUUGGUCUGGAGGUUUGGACCGACAGAGAUCAGUGCAUCAUCACCGAGGAGCCGAACGCCACCCUCUGGUCCUUCCUCCAGUGGAGGCAGAAGCUGAAAUCACGCAAGAAACAUGACAACGCUCAGCUGCUCACUGGUGUGAUUUUCAAGGGGACAACUAUUGGGAUGGCACCGCUGGAGGGGAUGUGCAGCCUGGAAAACUCUGGAGGCAUCAACGUGGACCACUCAGAGCUGUCCAUUGGCGCCGCCGCCACCAUGGCCCACGAGAUCGGCCACAACUUCGGCAUGAGCCACGAUCACGACGGCUGCUGCGUGGAGGCCACCCCCGAGCAGGGGGGCUGUGUGAUGGCUGCUGCCACUGGGCACCCAUUCCCUCGAGUCUUCAGUCGCUGCAGCAAACGUGACCUUGACAAUUACUUCCAGAAGGGAGGGGGCAUGUGUCUCUUCAACAUGCCCAACAUGAAGGACCUGGUCGGGGGCAAGAAGUGUGGCAAUGGCUUCGUGGAGGACGGAGAAGAGUGCGACUGCGGAGAGCCUGAUGAAUGCACAAACGACUGCUGCAACGCCAAUAAUUGCACGUUGAAGGAGGAGGCUCAGUGCGCCCAUGGAGUGUGCUGUGAAGGCUGCAAAUUGAAACAGGCGGGUACCAUGUGCCGGGGGCCGGCUGGGGCGUGCGACCUGCCCGAGUACUGCACCGGGGCAUCUCCUUACUGCCCCGCCAACGUCUACCUGCUGGACGGCUCGUCCUGCCAGUACGGACUGGCCUACUGCUACAACGGCAUGUGCCUCACCCACGAACAGCAGUGCCUGCAGCUCUGGGGCUACGGAGCUCGACCGGCCCACGACGCCUGUUUUGAGGAUGUCAACGCAGCGGGGAACGCUUUCGGGAACUGUGGCAAAGAUGAGCACGGCACCUACAUGAAGUGUGAGAAGAGUGACGCCAAGUGUGGUAAGAUCCAGUGCCACAGUGCUGCAAAGAAACCUAAAGGCACCAACGCCGUGUCCAUUGACACCACCAUAAGGACGGGCGGCAUAGAGGUGAAGUGCCGCGGCACCUAUGUCUACAGCACCCAGGACGGCCAGGGCGACCUGCCCGACCCAGGCCUCGUCAUGACGGGCACCAAGUGCGGAGAAGGAAAGGUGUGCAGAGAGCGCAGAUGCCAAAACGCCUCUUUUACUGAGCUGGAGACUUGCAUCGCACGCUGCCACAGCCAUGGGGUGUGUAACAGCAAUGGGAACUGUCACUGUAAUCGUGGCUGGGCACCACCCUUCUGUGAGAAACCAGGACUCGGUGGCAGCGUGGACAGUGGACCUGUCCAGUACAACAGUCAAGUGGGUCUGGUGGUGGGGUUGUUGUUUGCCUUCCUGGUGCUGCUGCCUGCGGUGCUGCUCGUCUUCUACUGCUACAGGAUAAAGACCUCCUACUAUCACAAGUGGCUGUCCCAGAGAGAGAAGAACAAGAUCAACAAGACGGAGGCAUCUGCGGAUAAGGGCAAGAACGGGCACCUGAAUCCUGCCUUUCACCUGAAGGUGGUCGGACCAAUCAACAAAGCUAGUGGCCUCAAGGGGCUUCCUCACACCAGCAAAGAGGUCCUGCCUCUCAGACCGGGCCCAGUGACAAAUGGCACCCAGCCAGUCAACAUUGUUAGACCUCUGAGACCCGCUUCGUCUCCCAAGGCUGGUCCCCGGGAUAUCAAGGUGGUACGACCGCCUCUGCCAGCUGGCAAGCCACCGGCAGCACCACACAAGUCCCCCCCGACCCCACAGAGGCUCACUCCACCCAAGAAACCUCUGCCCCUAAACCCGACGAGAUCUCCACUGUUGGUGUCAGAUCGGCGGCCCGGACCAUCAGCCUUCCCGCCUCAGAGGCCCCUCCCCCUCAGCCCGGCGAGAGCAGCCUGUCUCGGGGCGAGUCCGGCUCGGACCCCGGUCUCCAAACCUUCUGCGGGCCUGCUGGUCAUGAUGCCCCCGGCAGUAGGGCCCAAACCUGUGGGCAAAGUCACAGCCAUCCCCCCUCUCAGAGCUUUCAGACCGGUACCAGGUGCCAAACCAAACACAGCCUCGCCUCCACCACGAAAAUGACCCCCCUUCACCCCCACCUCUCCCCCCUCCAUCCUCCCGAGGAGGCAGCGACUGGCGGCCAAUUUGCACUAAAGAGACUCUGGCUGGAGAACCACGGGGCAGCCGCUCGUACCAGAGCAGGACGAACACAAAGUUCAAAACCAGAGACGCAGAUAAAAAAACAAACGAGACUCGGACAAGUUCAGACUUCAGAAAUAAACCUUACCCCACUUCUCUCCCUUCAAUUUUGACUCACCUCCUCGUCCUCCUCCUCCUCCUCCUCCCAGCGUGCCAACAUUAACCACGACGACGCGGUUUUGCACGGAGGCCUUGCAGACUGAGACAAGUGUUAUCGCUGGGGGACGGUCACAUUUGCCAAAAUCUUAAUUUGUUUUUUUAAGAAUUAUUAUUAUUAUUUUUUUUGUUUUUAUUUUUGUUUUUUAAUCUGUUAAUGCUGUCUGUGUAUAAAAAAAAAAUGCAUUUUUGUAAUGACUGGUAUUUUGUUUACAAUUUGUUUCACGUCAUGUUUUUAUGAUUUGUGUUAUGUGCCAAAGAAGUCUCUUCACAGCCGGGGUGUGUCCGGGCCGCUUGAAAAGAGCCACCUCCUUCACGUCUUUAGGUUUUUUUUUAUAAUUUAUUCUGAUAAAUGAGGAAUGUCUAAAAGUACAAAAACUAGAGCUACAGAUGCAGGAGAGGGUGGAAGGGAGGGGAGGGGGGAGUCAGCCACGCAGCAGCUUCUCAUCGACACUGUUUACACGGUGGAGGACUUGACGGACGCUUCGGGCUUGCAGGACACACCCCGGUCGCUCAUGUUGAUUUGAAUGUCUUUUACUGUGCGCUAUGACUUUUGAAUGGGUACAUAAAAUAUUUUUACAAAAUUAA